AAGAAUGUAUAGCUGCAUGCCCUUCACAAACAUGGCGCCCGCGGCUUCAGACUCCGCCCCUAGCAGACACUUGUCCUCUCGGUGUGAGUUGUAGGAGACGUGUCCGGGGAGAAUGGCGCGGAAGAGACGGGAGAGGAUUAGUGUGGUGAAAGAGAUAGACGGCAUCGAGGAGCGGCUGGAGGCGUGCAGGAGCGGCCUAGAGGAGGUGCGGAACCGGCUGCGGAGAGAGGAGCUGAGCGAGGACGGGAGGAAAUCAUUAGAAAAGGAGGAAAAUUCUCUCACCAACAAGAUGUCCCGUUAUGAGAAGGAGCUGAAAUGUCUCCGACACGAGAACCGUAAGAACUCCGCCGUGUCCUUCGCCCUCUUCUUCCUCAUCGUGCUGGUAUAUUACUGCUGGACCAUGUGACCUGCGGCCGACAGAUGAAUGUUGGGGGAAGGGGCUGUGGAGCAGAUUCCGCCAUUGCCACAUUCCGACUCCUGUCCCCCUCCCCCGCUGGACCAUGACUGGACCCUGUCCCUCGGGGGUGGGGUCAUCUGUCUGACAGGCUCCUCCCUCUGAUGCUGCUAUUUCUGAUGACGAAUGUUUUCAUACCUUUAUAUAAGAAAUAAAAACCUUUUCUCAUC